CAUAUUAUUUACAUUUAUAAUGCAAUAUUGGUACGCAAUAUUUAUUUUGGCCACUACUUUAGUAAUUUUGCAGUAGCUCAGUAAGUUUAACCUACAUUUAAAUUUAAAGAUUACGAAGUGACUGACUAUAAGUAAGACUAUUCCGAGUAAUGAGUAAGUGUAAGGAGUAUUCGGUUCCGGGUCCCAGAGCCAGACUUGGCUACAGAGCCAGAAGUGACUUAGUGAGAGGAUGGGAUGAAACAAAUAUUGGUAAAUUCAGAGAAAGCGGCCCGCGUUUAUUUCCAUGCGCGCACUUUUACGUCUUAAAUCGACCCCUAUGCCUAACCUGAACCCUAAAUCGAUCCCUAUGCCAUGCCGUCCUAAAUCGAUCCCUAUGCCUAACCUUAACAAAGUCAAUGUGGGCCGCUAAAUCUGAAAUAGCCAUAAAUAUAUUCCAUUUAAUUAUCUUUCACCAACCCAACAAUAAUAUUUUUAGAUAUGGCGGCCAUGUGGCGACAUCUCUCCAAAUUUAACUAUUUUUAAUUUUGGGCUAUUUCAGAUUUAGCGGCCCACAUUGACUUUGUUAAGGUUAGGCAUAGGGAUCGAUUUAGGGUUCGGGUUAGGCUUAGGGAUAGAUUUAGGGUUCGGGUUAGGCAUAGGGAUAGAUUUAGGGUUCGGGUUAGGCAUAGGGAUCGAUUUAGGGUUCAGGUUAGGCAUAGGGACAGGGAUCGAUUUAAGACGUAAAAGUGCGCAUGAAAAUAAACGCGGGCCGCUUUCUCUGAAGUUACCAUAUUUAUAUAUAUUUGUAAACUUACUUCUUCAAAGUUCAGUUUAACUAGUAUAAACUACCACAAAUGACAUCCCAUAAUAGCAUUUAGUUUAAGACUUAGACUUAGUCUAAAGGGACCCGGUUCAGCAUAGCUGCUAAGUGUGUCCGGGUCACAGUCCUCUGAUGAUGAUGUUGGGUUCAACAUAAAUGAUGAUGAUGUUGGGUUCAACAUAGGGCUUACUGGGAGCUGGCUGAUACAUCACCUCAGUCUUCUUUGUGUUAAUUGUCACAUUGUGAGGUCAAAGUUAUUGCAGGCCUCAGAAAAGAUAUCAACCCUGUGUUGCAUGGCUGCUUCUGAGGCAGCGUUGAGGGCACAAUCGUCCGCAAACAGAAGCUGGUUGAUCUGAUGGUGUUACGUUUGACCUCGGUUUCAGCUUGAAGCCUCCUAAGGUUAAAGACUGUCUCCGUCAGUGCGAAACCGGAUUGGAAAGCCCGUGGUGGAGUCCUUGAACGCAUCUGACAGCAUUGCAGGAUACAUAAUACUGAAGAGUUUGGGAGCCAGGACACAACCCUGCUUCACACCGUUUGUGAUGGGGAAUGCUUGAGAUGACUGACAGCCAUCUGCACUCGGGCCAUCAUGCAACUGACGGAUGAUGUUGGUGAACUUGUCUGGGCAUCCUUACUUCUUCAUGAUUUUCCACAGGCCACCUCUAUUGACCCUGUCAAAAGCCUUAGUCAAGUUGAUAAAAUCUAUAAACACCUAGCGAAAAAAUACUAAGUAACCUUUAGUGUCAAAUUGCGGGAUAUUAGAAAUAGCUAAAACCAUGUAUAAAGUUUCAUGAAGACAUGAGACAAUGUUUAUUUGAAAGUGGUGGAAAAUUGCAGCAGAACUUUUAGGAACUUUGAGGUUAUUUUUCUUUGUCUGAAAUCCAGAAAACAUUUAAUUUCAGCACCCAUUCAUCAUUUCCAGAAAUUCCUCUUGUACAUGAAGGGAAAGAUUUUUAUAACGCAAAUGUGUUUGUAUUCCAUAGUAUUGCUCAGUAUUAACUGUGCAAAAGUCAGAUUUCAAUGGCAUCAAUGUUGGAUGCUGUGAAGAAAAUAAACGUGUUCACUGCAUUAUUGUGAUAGCAACUAGAUUUGUUCUGUGGUACAUUGCUUAUGUAAAAAGGCUAGGUUUCUUAUUAGGCCUGUUUAAUUUAUCAGAAUACCGGUUUAGUAUAAAUUUUCAUUUCAACAUUGCAGUUCAUUCUGAUGAUCGGAAAAGCAAUUGAUCUGACAAUAUCUCUUCAAAAACUUGUUCAACCUUUGAUUCAUGAUUUCUCAUGAAUGUAGAAAUGUGUAAUUAGCCUUGAUUGAAUUUUUUUAGGUUUACACAUAAAGGAACAUAACGUCUUUAAAAUUACCCAUUAUUGUCUAUCAGCACCUAUCUGUGCAAACACAGAUGAAAUUAUGGAUGACAUUCAGAAUAUUAUGACAGUAAUACAAAAAAGUCAAAUUUAUUUUCAACUUUGAUACAUAAUUUAAUGCAAGGUGUAUGCUAUAAUAGUAUAAUAAGUACAUAUGGUAAUGAGAAUAAAAGGUAUUAUUACUUUAAGAUCAUCAUCUCCAUUAUUGAGUCCCAGUAGCCAUUCAGGCUUACAUUCUUGGGCCUUAAGUGAUGAAGAAAGAUAUUCUGGCUUUCAUUGGUUGACCUGCAUCUAUGUAAAUUCAUAUUAGACAAAGCUUUACCAUCUCAUCUGUUAAUGUUGGGGUCAUGUAUUUGUUUAAUAAAAAUGUUAUACUCAAAGUAUUUGAUUCCCUCCCACAAUAUAGAAUAGCUACUACAUUUUAUAAUAAAAUUGUAAAUAAAAACAAUAAACAGUAAGCAUCUAUAUUUUAUUCUUAAUUAUAAUUUUAACUCAUACUUAAGAUUCAAGAUAUAUAGUAAAUUAGAUGUAUAUUGUUCAUGAAUCUAAAAUUCAAGCUUGUCAACUGCAUGCAUAACUUUAAAAGAUUAAAUUAGCCUCAUAUGAUUCAUUUCUCAAUUUUUAUCCUUAGAUUUUGCAUCAUAAAGUGACAUUUUCUUUCCUGAAAAUUUCAUCUAGAUUAACAUAUCAUUUCCUAAAUCAAUUUGAUCCGCAGAAAGUGUUGAGUCAUGGCUCAAGCCAAGUAUAAUCAUCCAAGUGAUAAUCAAGAAAUAAAACUGCAUUAUGACAUGUUAAUAGCUGAUCACUACAACGUCAAUAUUUCAUUUGAUUAUCAAGCCAACUCUGCUGUAGCCAUUGCAAGAAUUAUAACUGUUCUUUGCACCUCAGAAAAGGGAGCAGAUGUAGAAUUACAUAUUCAAAAAAAGAAUAAUGAAAUUACAUUUGUGAGAUAUAAUUUACCUGCAUUAAAAACAGAAGAGUUGAAAGACAUUAAGCUGGAGAUUUACCACAAACCUGAUGGACCAAGUGGAGCAGGUAUUUGAAUGUUGUAUAAGGACUUGAUCCAUCCACUCACUACUUCAUAGAUCCACUACUUAAUCCAUACAUCCACUUCUUAAUCAAUCCAUCCACUAUUUCAUUCACCCAGCCACUUCUUCAUUCACCCAGCCACUUCUUCUUGAUCAAGAAAUUUUGUGACAGUUAAAUGAGAAUCUGAAAGCUCAAAGAUUAAUAUCCUUUAAAAAUAUUAUUUGUUAACAUCUAUUGGAGGUAUGUGAAUGAAGGUUUUUGACUAAUACAAAUGCACUCAAGAAUUAUAACAAAUAACACUCAGAAGUUCAACCCACUGUUUGCUUCAUUGUCACAACCAAAAUGGAAAAUUUCUUUGCAUUUAUUAUUGAACUGUCUGGCAACAUGUUGACGCUGUACUAAGCCAUAUUUCAAUAUAGCACAAGUUUAAAUUUGUGUUCUUAGCUGAGACCCCUGAGAAAAAAUACUUUCUCUCUAUCAUGGGCCCACUCAGUGGUGCUAAGGUUUGGUGUCUGCCAAGUAACCUGCAGGUAAUGUGUUUAAAUUAAUCUGAGGUCUUCCUCAAUUAUGGGCUAAUAGCCAGGUGGAAUGGAAUUGUCAGUCCUUCAAGGCAACUAUUCUUUUCAAACUGGUUUGAAGACUUAUCUAUUUCGCAAACAUCUGCUGGGGUGAUGUUGUCUAUCUAGCUAUUAUCUUUUAGAUGUAUAUUGGCCUGAGUUGUUUAUGGUUGCAAGGUUUGAAAGACUUAGAAUGGUUAUUUUUGUAUUCAGUUUUGUAAUGUUGAAUUUUGUACUUCAAUGUGGAAUGUACCGCGCUUCGAGCCUUUGGGGAUGAAGCAUGAUUUUUAAAUAAUCUCUAUUAUUAUUAUUAUUAUUGGGGAGGGAAGAAUGCCCUACCGGUGGGAUCAACAGGCAGGACACUGACUAUAACAAAAAAUUCUUUGUUGAAGUCAGAAGUACUUGUUGCAAAACAUAUAAUUAUCUAAAUUGCUGUAACAUACCAAAGUAGUUUAGCUGCUUGAGAAAAAAAUUAUAGGAAUCAGCAAAGAAUUUAAUAUCUAAUUUUCUUUAUUGUAGUGCACUUAAUGGGAGUGGGGGGUCGGCAUGAAAACUGUAUUUUCUUUAUUAUGUAUUACAUUGAUGGCCCUUUAUAAAUGCAUUGUAUUGUUUCAGAAUCACACUACUCAAGCCUUCAGAGGCCCAAACUGAAAAGAAAAAUCAAAGUACUUGAAUCAAAAUUAACAACUCACACUACACUGAUGUUUGUGAUUGAUGUUGAGCAGGAAAUAUUCAAGGGAUAUAGAAGGAAAAAACAAAGCGUCCUUUAUUUUUAUACAAACUGUAAUUUUUCUUUGCAUUGAUUUUAUUGUCACUUAAUAUCAAAAUAUGCAAAUAAGUUAGUUCACUUUGAGUUAAAUUUCCUGAUAUUUAAGUAACAAUUCAUUAAAAAAAAAAUUUGAUAUUUUAAAAAUGGGAAGAUGGUAAAUUAAUUCUCCCAUAAAGAUUCAGUAUAAUCUGAACCUGCGUUUGUGUUGAAUAUUUCAAUAAUAAACAUCAAUCUUUUUAUCUUUAAUUAUCUCAUCUAAUUCGACUGUUUAAUUUAACAGCUCCAGUCAAACAACAAAUUGAUCAAGAGCUUAAGGAAACUGGUUUAUGUACAGAAGGCAUGACUCCACUUUCUCCAUCUUUAAGUCUUGCGCCACUUACAUGGAUGCCCUUAGAAAAUCAACGAGAACCAUUAUGUGAUAUAAGAGUAUUACCUCAUCAUAAUCUUUCUGAUCAGGCAUUGGGUAGAGCUGCAAAUCAAGUGAAUAUGAUGUAUGGAUUAUUGCUGGCUGACCACUAUCAGCUCAACACAUCUGCAGAGUUUAUGACAAAUUCAGAUGAAGCUGUUGUAAGGGUUCUUACUCGAAUUGAAACAACUCCCACAGGAUCUGAAGUUGAUAUUCAGUUUCAAAAAAGAAAUAGACAAGUUUCAUUUGUGAGAUUUGAGCUGAAAGAUUUAAAGACAAUUGAAUUGAAAGACUUUGAGGUAGACAUUAAAUAUAAGGAUCCUGAAGGACACAGAAGAGGUAACUGUAAGUAUAUUUGGUAGUGGUAAUAGUUCAUAUGGUUAUAAGAGAUGACUCUUAUUUAAAUUAUUUGCUAAGAACAUGUAAAUGAGAUGUAUGUACAUAAAGGUGAGAAAAAUGUAUUUUUAUGUCUUUAAAAUUUUGGAAAAGGUUUGAUCUCACUGACCGAAUAAUGAUAUUAUUUAUCAUUGAUUUUAAAAGUUAUGAAAAUGAGCACUUAUAUUUGCUGGCACUUAACUUUGUAAAUUUUCUUAAAACUACAAUUUAAACAAAUAAUUUAACCAAGUCAAACAAAGUAAAGGAAAAAAAAAAAAAAGGUUGACAUAAAUUGGCUUCUUGUUUCAAAAUGUUAUUGUGGGCUAAACAUUUUGUUCUAAGUAUACUUCAGUACCACUCAUAAAUAUUUAACCAAGUUUUUGUUGUCUAAAAUUUCAGGCUACACCAGACUUUAUUCACAAAUGAAAAAUGUAAAUAAAAAGCUAACCAUUCCCAAAUCCGACAACACAACACAGAUAAAGGUGGCUUUUAUUUUCAAUGUGUCUGUGGAAGGCUGUACCGAACCACAAGUUUUGUAUAUCUACACUAAAGGUACGUUACUUUUUUCCUGGUAAGAACCUAGUUCCCACUUUUAUGUUAUUUUGGCUCUUAAAUAUAUUUCCUAUAACAAAAAUGUUUAUCUUGUAAUUUUAGACCAUCUGGACCUGCCCUUAGAGGCACUACCCACAAGUGACGGAAUUAAAAAAAUUAAAUCUUUGGAUUUUGCUGUGCCAGUUAAUAGCCGGGUUGUGAGUGGAAUACAGCAGUCAACUGAUAGAAAAGAAGCUGUGUUAAAAAACAGAAUGAGUGAAAUAUUGGGGCCAGAGAAUUCUGAGCCUCAUGUUGGAGGUUUGUAUUAUUGUAUUACAUUUACAUGGCAAAAUAUUUCCUGUUAAACCAACUUAUUUGUAUUUGUUUAAAUGAUUUUAUAACAAUGUUGUUGUUUUUUUUACUAUGGCGGGUUGCUAGAAACCAUACAAACAAACUCGUAGGAUGCGAACCUGUAGCCUGGCCCUCUUGCACAUUCACCCUUGGUUCUUGAAAGUUAUGGACUGGAUCAUGAGAAAUGUGAAAGUGGAAGAAAUCAAAUACAGCAGAUCCUCUUCAAACAAAUAGAACUUGUGGAUGUAACAGAUGACAUAGCAAAAUUAUCCCAAAGCACUAAACAAGUGCAUGAUUAAACUUCAAAACUUGAUUCAAUUGUCAUACAGAUUGGACUUCCAAUAAAUCAGGGAAAAAAACAAAACAAUGAGGAUAAAUGCUGUUAGCUUUAAAGUUGUAACAAUAAGAGGGAAAGCUCUUGGAGAAGUAUAUAAUUUUACCUACCUUGGAAGUCUAGUUAGUAAGGAUGGGAAUUCUGAGGCAGAUAUCAAGGGAAGAAUACAGACGCCCAGAGGAGCUUUUUCUUUUCUUAAAAUUUAUUUGCAAUACUAGGCAAAUAAUGAGAAAGACAACAAUAUAGGAGCCAAAAUGAUCAAUAAAUUGAUCGUGGGCCCUUAAGAUAUAGAAGAAGAGAAGAAUUGUAAUUUUUACCCUUCUGUUGAAACUGUUCUGCUGUGUAUGGCUCAGAAAGCCGAGGAUCAAACAAGAAAGAUUAAAAAAUGCUUAAACCUUCAUAAAUAGUUGCCUGCCCAGAAUCUUUAACAUUGUUACACAAAGUGGUUCCACAAAAUCCCAAAUAGGACAGUGCGGGAAAUGACAGCAAAAAUCCUAGUGGAGCCAGAAAUCUGGAAAAGAAAGUGGAAAUCAAUAGGUCAUACCAAUACCAUGAGAAAACACAUGGCAAAUUAAAUAAGACAAUCACUAGUAUAGAACCCUUAAGGAUCAAGAGGACGUGGGAGACCCAAAAACACCGGCAUAAGAGGUAGACAAGGAUUUAAUUAAGAUCAGAAAGAGAAGAUUUGUCAAGAGACAGGAAGUUGUGGAAAGAUAUUGUUAAUGAGCCCUGCUCCACUUGGAGUUGAAAAAUGCACACACAAAAAUACUAUCUUCAAAAAAAUGUGUUAAGUUUUUUUUUUUUCUUUCACAACUUUGGGACUGAAAGAAAGACAGUUUUAUGGGUCACCCAAAGACUGUUCUAGAUUUAAUAAAGAUUGUAAAGAAAUUUAAUAUGAAAUAAUACAUUGAUUAAUUGUUACCUACUACUAUAUGAUUACAUUUAUUUAUGUGCCGUUAUUUAUUAAAUUGAUCAAAAUAUUUCUGAAAUUUUAAGAUUUAAAUUUUAUUUUAUUCUAACCAUUCUACAGCUGUUCCUGGCCAAUCAUUCCCAAUUAAAAAAAAUAGAAGAGUGUCUAUCAUAGAGGAUGACAAGCGAAUGGCUGUUGAUGAACCGCUUGCUGAUACUGACAAAUCAAAACUAGCAGAGGCAACAGCAGGGAAUGCACAAGGAGUUUAUCUGGGACAUGUAGACUUAAGUAAACCAGACAAUGGAAAACCAGGUCUUAAACCAACUGUGGAAAAAUUCAAAUUUCAUGAAAAAAGUUUAACAGAGCACAUCAAAAAGGCAAUUGUGAAUUGUGUUAGAGAUUUUUUUCCUGAUGAUGAACAGAUAUCUAGUUUUUUCUCUGGAGAAGUUUCACUCUCGAUGGAAACCACAAAACAUAAUAAAAAUGUUACUCUGUAAGUAUUGGCUUCUUUUACUGGAGUGUCCGCCUUAAGAAAUUGUAUUGCUUUUCAUAUCAUUUUAAUUUAUCAUCACAAGGGUAGGAAGGGAUGCAUGUAAUGGCUGGAAAAAUUUGUUACAAGUUCCGCAGGGGCUGGCAAACUAGGCUAAAUUAUCCCAAGUGGGGUAAAGGCAAUUUGGGGUGUAAUGAUGGCUCAAUAGCCCAUCUCCAGUCCAUGGCUGCAACUGGAGUAUACUGACAGCUAGGUAGUUUUAUUUUGAAGUCUCUUCAAUAUCCUGACAUUGCAACAUUAGAUAAGUAAGAUAAGUCUAACUUUAACCCCACCCUCCUUAUUUUAAAAAAAGCAAACACACUUAUCCUAACUAUUUAAUCAAAAUGAGCUGAAGUUAACUGAACUUUUUAGUUUUAAUUUUACAGGUUUUUAACACUUUUCUUCCAGAAUCAUAUGAUGAAAUUAUAAUUUUUCCUCUGAUUUUUUUAACAGGAGCACAUUUAAUAUAAACAACAACUUUACAUUCAACAUGAGUGGAGUAGAGAAUGCAGUAGUCGGUCAUGGUAAUAUAAACAUUUCUAACAACUGUAAAUCACCAAAUGAUUGACUUGAGUAGGAGAACAUGGCGUCAUGUCAAUUUGUGACUUACUAAAGGAUACUCACAUCACUUGGCAGAUCUGGGAUGUAGGGUUGGGGCAUAUUUAAUUGUGUACACCUGUGAUAUAAGUUUUAUGUCUCCCCUCAUCAUGUAUUCACCGCUGAAUAGACAGCUAAAAGUAAGCAGUGUGACUCUCAACUUAUUCAAGACAGCUUACAGAAACAAUUUUGAUAAGAAGUGGUUUGGGAGUUAAUGGACGUUUUUUGAACAAAUCCUUUCUAUAAACUUUAUUUUUGUUUGGGUGUUUCUAUGUGGCAGGCAAAAUCUUCGGCAGGCUAUUUGACCCACUUUCUAUUAUCCUUUUGAGCUGAAACUUAGUACAUAGACUUGUUGCUGAUGACAACAAAUUCAAUCAAAUUUUUAGCCCCAACCCCCAAAAAUCAGUUUUUCCUGUUUUCAAGAGGGGAGGAAUGUUAAUGAUUUAGUGAAGGAUUUUUGUGUGGAGAUUAAUUGUGUAGCUGUUGCUAUGUGAUUUGUAUUUGUGAAGUAUUUGGGUAUGCGGUCAAAUAAAAUAUAUUUUUGAAGGGGAAAAUGAAGGAAAUAUGAAAGUGGUGGUUUCACCAGAAGUUUACCCAUUUACAUAACCGCUUAUUAAUAAAUAAUAAUAAUAAAGUUUAUUUUAAAAACACGCUUCAUCCCCAAAAGCUCAAAGCGCGGUACCAAGUCAACCAUAUUAAAAAGAGAAAUUAAAACAAUCUAAAAUUUACCACAUUUAAAAACAGACGCAACAAUAUAAAGCUACAUACGAGCAUACCCAGUCAAAGUCUUUCAUCCCGUUUCAACCAUAAGCAAC